CUUCCGGUUCGCGCUAUGGCCGCCCUCGCUCCGGUGGUGUUGUCGCGGAGCUCCUGGCCCUGCGAGGCGCCGGGCGGGUUGGGGAGGGCGGUGUGUGUGAGGCAGGGGGAGGAUGGCGGCGGAGAGGAGAGCAUUGAGGCUGUUGUGUUGGAGAGGCGGGUGGGCAGCGGGAGCGAAGCGUCCUGCGUGCUGCACUUGGAAUGCCAGCCCACCGGGGAGAUGGUGUCUGUCAGUGUCCUGAGCCAGGCCCGCACCAUGGAGGUGUAUGUGGGCGAGGAAUACUGCGGGACUGGCCGUGGUGAGGGCCUGGGUGCCAGCUGCGCCCUGGGUGAAGCUGAAAAGGUUACUUUGUACAAAAAGUACCUUAAGUUCGAAUGCCCUGCAGCCUCCUGUAGAAUUAAGCUGCUCUCCAUUGGUGAGAAACAGAGAGUGCUCAUCAGGAAAAUAGUUGUGCAGGUGCAAACAGUGCCUGCCAAGCCAGUGAUGGAUCCUCCUCCACUAGGCUCGCACAUAGACCUGGACAGAGUGCAAAUGAUAAUGGAAUCCAUGGGAUCUAAGCUGUCUCCAGGAGCUCAGCAGCUCAUGGACAUGGUCCGGUGUCAGCAGAAAAACAAUUUACCUCUUGGAGACAGACUUAAUUGGAUCUUUGGGAAAACUGCAGACUUUGGAGGUGACCGUGUAAUCGACGGAUUGUGUGGGGCAGCUGCUUGGACACCAUUAGAUCCAUUGGCCGGUGAGCCUUUGCCUGUCAGAAAUCAUGUAACGAGUGAAAUAGAACAUAAGGACUUACAAAGAAGUCAUCAUCAGAACACAUGCAUACCCGAGAGAGGGAGUGCUUCUGCUGCUGAGAGACUUACUGCCCAGCAAAACGCGGCUGGCCUCAGAAAUUCUCUUAUAGCGAUGGAGUCGUUGCACGUGCAGGGGCAAGCGAGCACCGCCCCAGUGGUAGCUGAUCCACAGGUGCUGCUUCCAUUUCUUCAAAGCUUGUGCACUCAGGUGAAUCAUCUGCGGCUGAAAGGUGGUGAUAGGCCUUCUGGGAAGAGCGCAGUGACCAAAGAGGAAGGCAUUCAGUGUAAUGGAGUAGAACAGCAGCCUAUUUGCUCCUAUUUGGAAAAGAUUAUUUCAAAAAAUAUGGAUCUGAUGGAGAAGAAACUAACGGACUAUAUUGAUCGCCAGCUGCAGGCUCUUCAGGCACACAUAGAUGAUAAAAUGGUUCUCCUGAUGGACUUGGUUCACAGCUCAAAGCCUGGCAGAAUUUCACAAGCGCACUAUGGCUCUAAUGAGGCAGUCUCUAAUGGAGAGAGGUAGAUGUGAGUAGGUGGAGGACUGCAGCGUAAGUCCUCUAAGGGCAAUUGUACUUUACAAAGCUCAGUAUUUAUCGAGUUAGAAGUGUAAAGAACCUCAGUGUUGCUGACUUGCAUUUUGUUACUGUAAUUCUAUCCUGUUGUACACAAUUGUUAGUUUUCUGAAAGAUCUCAAAGUGUGUUUUUUCCUAGAUAUAAGAAUUUUGUAUGCCCUUUGGGGUUUAUUUAUUUAAAGAACGUCACUAAAAGCCAUAUGAAACAGUUUCCCAGUU